GACACCAUCGACUCAGUAGAGUCACUGAGUCAGGACACACCACCGCGGUUCUAUUUCAAGAGCAAAAACUUCUUCUCUUUCUCAAAAUCCAGCAGUCUUUGGUGGGAGAAAAAUGGCAUCGAUGUUGAGGGAAAACAGGAGAUCAUCAGCAGGGGAGGCCUCUCGCAAUAUUGGGAUUGUCCGGCGGAUGGUUAGCCUUCCCCGGAACAUUUUAGACGGGUUUUCAAGAGUAAUGGGAAUAGGAAGAAGAAACCAACGUCUUCUUCCCUAUAACUUUCAACUGCAACAUCCAGAGGAUGAUCAGCCCAUCACUGGUUCAGAAGAGUGGGCAUUUCUAGGCAAUUUGGAGCAGCAAUACGGUUCCUAUCAUCCCUUUUUCUACGCUUGUCAGUUCAUGGAGACACUGAAGUUAGCCGAGGAAGAUCGCAAGUUCAUGUUUAUGUACCUCCACUCACCAGAACACCCUUUCACGCCCUCUUUCUGCCGGGAGACUUUGUGUUCGGAAGUGGUGGUACAGUUUCUUGAUGCUAAUUUUGUUUGCUGGGGAGCAUUGGCAAACAGAGGAGAGGGCCUGCAAAUGUCUGCAACUUUUAGGCCUACCACCUUCCCAUUCUGCGCAGUGAUAGCUCCGGCUCCAGGUGAUAGCAUAGCAGUGCUUCGACAGAUGGAAGGGCCAAUUUCCCCAGCUGAGCUGGUGGAGACUCUGCAGAGGACGGUGGAGGAGCAAGGGUUGGCUUUCGGCGGUGCAAGGGCGAAGCAGGAAGAAAAGAUAAAAGCAGAUCGUCGCCUCAGAGAAGAACAAGAUGCAGCAUAUCUUGCAUCUCUACAGAUAGACAAGGAGAAGGAAAAGCUCAGGAACAAUCACAAACAGUAUGGUAAAGUCAAAGAGGGUGCCAAUAUUACUACAGAAACGACCCAAUACAAAGAAGUUGCAAAUGGGGGAAAGGAUUCUCAAGCUAUAUAUACCCAGAUAUUGAUAAGAUUUCCAAAUGGUGAAAGAAGAGAGCAGAGCUUUGCAAGCACAGAGAAGGUCCAAUCAAUAUACAGAUACAUAGAUUCACUAGGCCUUCCUGGUAUUGGAAACUACAGAUUGGUAUCAAGCUUCCCUAGAAAAGUUUAUGGUGUUGAUCAGAUGGGAAUGACUCUCAAAGACAGUGGCCUCCAUCCUAGAGGAAGCCUGUUCUUGGAGCCUCUCUAAACAUCAAUCAUUUUCAUGCGCGCGCCAGAAAAAGAAUAUAUAUAUAUAUAUAUAUAUCUUUCGUGUUUUUAGAGAAUAUGUUCGUUUUUCUUCGCUUUUGUCACCUCCUUGAUGUCACUGCUGAAAUAUUAAAUAUAAGCAUUGGGCAUCAUAUUCAUGGUGAAACAACGAUUGGUGAGAGCUAGUGGAAUAAAUGCUGAAUUGCUGAUCACAGCCAUGAUAUAAAGUUGAUCUCUCAAACAAGAGAAAGGAAAAUUAUUCA